UGUUUAUGUUAUUUGAAUUUUUAGUUAAAAAUAAGAACUGAUUAAACAAUAAGAAACAUAUUUAGUUAAAAAUAAAUUAUUUAUAUAGGGAUAAGGAAGCUAGUCAAUCAUUAUUUUGUAUUUAGUAAAGUAAGUUCUGGAAUUUAGAAUUAAAAUGAGCGUAGAUGAUAUCAUUCAAAACUGUUAUCAACAACACUGGUUUAGCCCCGGAUUAGAAAAGUUUAAAUUGGAAGAUAGGUCCAGAGAAGAAAAAAUAGAAAUUACCCGUCACGAAUUCAGAAGACACAUUCAUCAGCUCAUCAGAAGCGACGUCGGCGCCACAAAUAUAGCAUUUAACCACACUGAAAAUAGUAUUAACAAAUAUUCGGCAAUGACGAAAUCUGAAAAAAGGACUAACGGCAGUGGAAUCGUUCCACCGAACAUGUGCGAAAUUAAGAAAUGCAACCGACCCGCUCUACCUUGUACUAAACAGUGUAUUAUGCACAUAAUGUUCAAUUCUGAACAAGUAUUAUUCGAAUAUUGUACAGCCAAGUUUUCAGAUAACACUCAGUGUUCUACCCCAGUUCUCGAUAUUCUCUAUGAACUGCCAUUAUGCUCCGAACAUGCAAGAAAAAGGGAAAAUUACAAUCUGUUUCAAGUAGAAAAACCGAAAAAAGUAAAAAAGAAGGUGAAACUAUCAGCCAUGAUUAGGCCGCAAAAAAGGAAUAAGAAGAAGAAGAAGAUUAUUUAUAAACCCGAUGGUAUCACCAUGUCGGAAUCCAUAUUAGAAGCUUGUACCAAGUCUUCUAAUUCGGAUAUCGACGAUAUUACAGCAGAUUCUUCCAAUUUGGAAGUGGAAGAUAUACAAAUUGUGGAUCAAGUUCUCGACUUAAACGGAAGCGGCCUACAAACACAACAACAUUUAUUAGAAGAAAACGACAUAAGCAAUGUUCUUAACACAAUACAAGUCGACGAAUUUUCUGAUUUUUUUGCAGUUAAUAAAAAUGGUGAAUAUGAGCCGUCUAGAGAAGAAGCAGAAGAAUUAGAAAAGGCCCUAGCGGCGGUCGAUAACGACGUAAAAUCUUUAGAAAAAUUAAGUCAAUCUCAGGGAUUACUGGAUUCGUUGUUGGACGAAAACGCUCUAGCCGAAACAUUAGUACAAAUACCGGAUAUGUUCCAUCAUAACGGAUACGCGUCGUGUAACAGCAACUCUGGACAACCGACUUCGUAUCUUUUACACGUAGAACAGCAGUCACAUUCCUAAUAUUUUCGUAAAACCAUUAAAUACAUUUUGAUUUUAUUUUAAUUCUAAUAACUGUUUAGUUUUUAGUUUGUAAUUCGUUUUCGUUGUAUUUAGGAACAAUGUAUGGCCGGGAAAGUUUGUUAAAAAUGUGCUUGUCUGAAUUCCCGAAUUCGACUUUAACUUUUAGAAUAAAUUUAGUAUAAAUCGGUUUUUAUGUAAUUAAUAGAUUUUUAGGUAUAUGUUUCUCCAAUCACUCUAAGUCAUGGACGUUGCAAAACCUUACUGU